AUGGAGAUGCCCGUCGUGGGACUUAGGUUGGGGCGGGGGACACGGAUGCUGGGAAUCGGGCGAUCGUUCUACGUCUGCAGCAGCCGAGGGGGCGGGGAGGCCUGUGGGUCCCUGUCCCGAAGGAUGAACGCGCGGAAGGGUGUGCCGGGCAGUGGGCGAGGCCAGCAGAGGCCCCGACGUGAGGGGGAGAACGUGUUUCCCGCCUUUUCCAGCUUCCAGAGGCGCCCGCGCUCCUCCACCCCCGAGAGCAGCAUCUUCCCGUCUCCGAGGCCCGUGGUCCGUGAUCACAUCUGCGAAACCCCCUUUCUGCGGUCUGCAGUGGUUCCCGACCAGGCAGCUAAUCCUUUCCAUAUGUCUGGGGAUGUGGAUUUCUUCUUACUCAGAGACCUGGAGCGGAAUAAAUCUCUAUCAGAUCGGGAGCAGAAAAAGCAGCUGCGGGUGCACGAGAAGAUGACCCACUCGUCCAACCUGGCGGCCAAGCACACCAGCCUGCGGCGCGAGCUGCAGCUGGAGGCCAAGGUGGCGGACCAGGAGGCGCGCGCAGAGAAGCUACGCAUCUUCCAGGAGCAAACGGCCUGGACUCUCUCCAUGACCCGAGAAAGGAAGAUGGAACCUGAUAACUUAAAGAGCUACAUCAACCAGAGGCGGGAAAUAUUCCUCAUCCAGUACGCCCUGGAUGUGAAGCGGAACGAGAUCCAGCGGCUGGAGAGGCUGGCGGCCAAGAAGGAGGCCGAGGCGGAGCGGGCGGAGAAGUUUCUGAAGAAGCACACUGCUCUAUUUGACGAGUUCGUCAGGGAAAACCACCGCAGCUCCAUGCAGGCCCUGAGAGUGGCUGAGAAGGAGUCCAAAGCGAAAAUGGAGAAGAUCCUCGAGAUUCGUGAUCUCACCGCCCAGAUCACGAACAUCAAGAGUCAAAUCUCCAAACUUGAAGACAUUCUGCAGAAUUACAAGGCCUACAAGGAUUUCCUGUACAAGCUGUCGCCCAGGGAGUGGCUGGAGGAACAGGAGAGAAAGCGCUUGGCUCUUUCAAGGACCAAGGAGGCGCUCGAGGCCUCUGAGGAGAACUUGCUCUUCUCUGAACUCGAGGACAAAGGACCAGAGAUCAAGGACCAGACGGGUCUCAGAGAGGAGCAGGGUCCAAAGAAGCCCGCCAAGGUCCUGCAGGUGACACAGCUGAGGCAGGUCCCGUCCGGCACUGUCAACCACCAGGAGGGCACCCAGCCCAGUGUGCCUGGCAAGCUGGACCCCAGAAGGUCGGGGCCUGGAGUCUCUCAGGCCUCGGCCCAGCUCGCCCCGGCUGCAGGCCGCCCUCGCCAGCUCCGGGGCCAGCAGAACCUGCGCGUCUGCGUAGGGGACCGUCUCACCCUCCCCGUGCAGGAGGACCCUGACAGCGACGGGGAGCAGGAGCUGGAGCUGUACUUCACGGAGCCCCAGCAGCUCCUGGAUGUCUUCAUCGAGCUGGGAGAGCAGAGCCUCUCACUGGUCCAGAACGCCCAGGAGGUGGAGGAGGCCUUGGAGGAGCUGAACCUCACCCUGAAAAACACCCAGAUCCGCAUGGACCGGGAUGUCAGGCAGCUGAAGCAGGGCAUCAACACGCUGACGACGUCCAUCGCCAAGGAGGAGAAGAUGGCCGCGGAGCUGGAGCUCAAAGCUCGCAUCUUCCAUUUUGGCGCGUAUAAGGGUGAUCAGGAGGACAAGCUGCUGGAGAGUCUGAACCGCAAGGUGCUGGACGUGUACCACCACUGUGUGGGCAGCCAGCAGGAGUCCGGCCUGAGCACCGUGGAGACGCUGGUCUCCAUCGAGCACCAUCUGGUCGAGCUGCUCGAGAACCUGGAGGGGGCGCCCCAGGUGAGGGUCGAGCAGGCCGAGAAAGCCAAGGAGAAGGAGCGCCGUUUGAGACUCCGGGAGGAGAACCUAAGGCUGCAGAAGCAGGUCCAGGAGGAGCGUGUGCGGCGGGCCCAGGCUCGGGCCCAGGCCGAGGUCCGGAAGAAGUGGGGCAGGAGGCUGGUGAGGCGCUCGCGGCCGCCCUCCCUGCACGGCAAGGACGACUCCAGGUGCGAGCCGUUGGACAAGGACGAGGUGGAGAAGCUGCUUUUCUUCACGUAG